AUGGCCGCACAAACUUUUAUCUUCGAGAUCCUAAAAACCGAGAGGUUUGAUGGGUCCAACUACUCCUCUUGGAAGCGCAACAUCGGAUAUGUGCUUUCUAAGGAGGAGUUGGAUGAGAUCUUGAUUGAAAGUCGUCCUCAUAGUCCAAGUAACGAUUCAUCCCAAGAUACUAACGAUAAAUAUGCUACUUGGAAGCGUAAAAAUAGGCGAACAAGGAAUAUCUUGCUUUGCACGAUGGUCGACUCAUAUGCAUCGAAAUAUGAGUCCAUGAGAACGGCAAAAGAGAUGCACGAGAGACUUGAAAGGGAGCAUGUUGAUCCAUCACUUAUAAAACAAUCCUUAGCCAUGAAAAAGUACAAUGAACUCAAGAUGAGUGAGAGCACGAAAAUAUCAUAUCACGUGCACACUUUUCUUGCACUUAUUCGAGAAGUACAAGUCAUUGGAAUGCAACCCAAAGAGCCCAUGCAAGUGGUUCAUCUCAUGAACUCACUUCCCAAUUCAUGGGAUACUUUCAUCACUUCUGUUGCGGUGCGAUCAAAAGCUCCCAAGCUGGAGGAGCUAAUCACAGUGCUCAAAGGCGAAGAAGAGAGAAGGAAUGCACGUCAUACCCCAGCAUCGAAGGAGACAGUAUAUAUGAAAAAAUUUAAACCCUUCUUUAAGCCUUAUAAGGGAAAGGAUAAGAACGUUUUCAAGAAAAAGCAAUGA